AUGGUGCGGUAUUUGGUGACGUCAUGGCUUGCUAUACUGCUCCUGUCCUGCAGUUUAAGACUAGGAAGCGGUCAGGCGACGGACGUGGAUGUCCGGUUGGUGGCUCCAGCGUGGGUGGCUAGGGGCGGUUCAGCCACAUUACGGUGCCUGCAUCAGGUCCCACCACAAUUACUCUACAAAGUGGAGUUUUUGAGGACUGGGACGAAGCUUCUGCAGUAUGUCAGGGAAAGGGUACCGCCUUUCACCAGCUAUACCUUUCCCGGUGGAAGAGUUAAUAUGACACUAUCAACAGAAAACUCAAUAACAAUCGACAACUUGGAUCCAUCUGCAUCAGGACUGUACUGGUGUGAAGUAUCGUUAGAGACGCCCAUCUUCACAGCUGCUUCGAAUCCGAGACAACUGACUGUCGUAUAUUCUCAAAAACACCCGCCAAUCAUAACGUUCGGUAAGCCGGACGUGGUGGUGGGAGGUUUACUGCGCGCUAACUGCACAAGCGCGCCGGCUGCGCCUGCGCCGCGACUCACGUGGUACAUUGACAAUGAAAAGGUCGAUGAAGAAUCAGUGAAAUAUUUCUCGUACCGAGUGUCAAGUUCUACUCGUACGAAGGGAGGAGGGGGAUUUCGUCAUAGAAAGCAUCAGCAUCGACUGAUAGCACCAGAGUUUAAUUACACAGCUAAAUAUUGGGCACUGGUCAGUGAGACCACAGUAGCUCCCAUUGUGAAUACUUCAAAACAUCACAAGUGCACUUUGAAAGACCAACAGAGUGAAGAAAUGGCUAAGAUUCAAGAAAGGCCACGAGUUCCACCAGCUGUACCCAUAUCUCUAUGGGUAUCUAUAGCUGAGCUGAAAGCCCCAGCACACGGCAGACUACAACUGACUUGCACCGCUACCAUACCUGAUGAAGUAGGUCCAGGGGAAAAAUUUGCAGACAUUAAGAAACAAACUGUUACAGUGGCAGUGAACGAACUAAGUUUGAAGAAGCCACAUUCAGAGACAAGCCAAGCAAACGCCACCUCAAGUUGCCUACAAAGCUACCCAUUAUGGAUUCUCGGCUGCGGUAUUAUAUUCCGCGAAUUUACACUCCAAUUAAAUUGA